AUGUCCUUCCAAGGCUCUGCUCACCCUUUUCAGCUGCCACAUGAAAUAAAUUGCAUCCUGUGUGUAGAAACCCUUUGCAGGCUCCAUGAGUGUGUCUUUACUUUGCUGCAGUUCCGAUUACUCCAACAUAAGGAGAGACACCCUCAUUAUCAGUAUCAGGCGGAAGAAGAGGAGGAGGAGAACGAGGAGGAAGAUGAGGCAGGCGGGGAAGAUGCAGCGGAUGCCAACAACGGGGCCCAGGAUGACAUGAACUGGAAUGCUUUAGAAUGGGACAGAGCUGCAGAAGAGCUUACAUGGGAAAGAAUGCUAGGACUUGAUGGAUCACUAGUUUUUCUAGAACAUGUCUUCUGGGUGGUGUCUUUAAACACACUGUUCAUUCUUGUUUUUGCAUUUUGCCCUUACCACAUUGGUCAUUUCUCCCUUGUUGGUUUGGGAUUUGAAGAACAUGUCCAAGCAUCUCAUUUUGAAGGCCUAAUCACAACCAUAGUUGGGUAUAUACUUUUAGCAAUAACACUGAUAAUUUGUCAUGGCUUGGCAACUCUUGUUAAAUUUCAUAGGUCUCGUCGUUUGCUGGGAGUCUGCUAUAUUGUUGUUAAGGUCUCUUUGCUAGUGGUGGUAGAAAUUGGAGUGUUCCCUCUCAUUUGUGGCUGGUGGCUGGAUAUCUGUUCCCUGGAAAUGUUUGAUGCUACUCUGAAAGAUCGAGAAUUGAGCUUUCAAUCAGCUCCAGGCACUACCAUGUUUCUGCACUGGCUAGUGGGAAUGGUGUAUGUGUUCUACUUUGCUUCCUUCAUUCUGUUACUGAGAGAGGUACUUCGACCUGGUGUCUUGUGGUUUCUAAGGAAUUUGAACGAUCCAGAUUUUAAUCCAGUACAAGAAAUGAUCCAUUUGCCCAUUUAUAGGCAUCUCCGAAGAUUUAUUUUGUCAGUGAUUGUCUUUGGCUCCAUUGUCCUUCUGAUGCUUUGGCUUCCUAUACGUAUAAUUAAGAGUCUGCUGCCUAAUUUUCUGCCAUACAAUGUCAUGCUCUACAGUGAUGCUCCGGUGAGUGAACUGUCCCUUGAGCUGCUUCUGCUUCAGGUUGUCUUGCCAGCAUUACUUGAACAGGGACAUACACGGCAAUGGCUGAAGGGGCUUGUGCGAGCAUGGACCGUUACUGCUGGAUACUUGCUGGAUCUUCAUUCCUAUUUAUUGGGAGACCAGGAAGAAAAUGAGAACAGUGCAAACCAACAAGUUAACAAUAAUCAGCAUGCUCGAAAUAACAACGCUAUUCCUGUGGUGGGUGAAGGCCUGCAUGCAGCCCACCAAGCCAUACUCCAGCAGGGAGGGCCUGUUGGCUUUCAGCCUUAUCGCCGGCCUUUAAAUUUUCCACUCAGGAUAUUUUUGUUGAUUGUCUUCAUGUGCAUAACCUUACUGAUUGCCAGCCUCAUCUGCCUUACUCUUCCAGUAUUUGCUGGCCGCUGGUUAAUGUCGUUUUGGACAGGGUCUGCCAAAAUUCAUGAGCUUUACACAGCUGCUUGUGGUCUCUAUGUUUGCUGGCUGACCAUAAGGGCAGUGACAGUGCUGGUGGCCUGGAUGCCCCACGUUGGGCGCCAGAAUUUGAUAAUUAGGAUUGGGCUUCUCUAUCACUAUCAGCAUCUGAAUUGCAGCACCCUAGUAACAUCCGAGGAGAAGAGUUCCUAUCAGAAGAACAUAAGUAGUACAGCUAUUCUGGAACAAAACUUCCCAACUGAUGUGCCACAAAUGGGUUUCAGAUAUAUCAAGAUAUUUGCCUUUACAGUGGCAGCAGGACUUGGAGUUAACCUCUGGAAGGCUGUUUAA